AUGGGUUCUGCGAUGGUAAUGAUGCCCUUGUACCAGCAUGAGACGCCCAAAAUAAUCAUGGAGAUGAAGGGCAGUGGAAAUGGCAUGAAGACAACUAUGGCCAAUACGGUUGGAGCUCCAUCCAAGUUUGAUGAGAAAAAUGGGACUUUAGGGGUCAAUGGAUCUUAUGAUACUACCAGACUAGCUGGUCUUCUUGAAGGUGUUAUCAAGAAAUACGUCCAAACUCGCCUGAAACAAGAACGGCUGAGGCUCAAGGAAGGUGAAAAACCAGUUCUUCCCGAAAAAGAGACAAGUGGCUCUGCUGAGCCUGAGGGCACUGGUUCACCACCCAUAGGCCAUGCUGUUGAGACAGAAGAGGAUGAUUACGACAGUAUCGUGUGGCAAAGAGACAUGUCCCUUGAUGCAGCUCAUCAGGUCAUCCAAGAACAUUUGGUUUCUGAUAUGAUUAUGCUACGAGUAGAUGAACAAGAGAAGCAGCCAAAUGCAGCUGACAAAACACGUGGGAGUCCCAAAGGUGCUUCAUCACGACCUAAGGAUUAUGCAACUGCUGGGCACGGAGACAAACCCAUGAAAGGCGGCUUGUUCAGGAGGUGA